AAUCCUGAAAAUGUUGAGAAAGUUGCUGUCCAAGCCAGACAAUCCCGAGAUGAUCGUACAAACUUGGUUACAUAAUUUUGACUUCGAUCAACAGAAGUUCAAAAUGACUCCAGAUCACUUGGACUAUACAAUAAAGCCUGAAUUACCCGAUAAGGUGCAACCACACUCUAUAAAUAACAAUGGACCUCUGGACAUGUCACCAGCCUCUCCUGAUACCAAUGAUAGGUUAAGCCCAGGAUCAUGCGACUCUGUCCUCAAUUCACCAAAAAUUGAAAUAAAAACUGAACAAUUUGAUAACUAUAGCGAAUAUGAGGUUUCUAUAGCUAAUUAUAUGGCACAGAGGCAAGGAGACUUCAAUAAAAGGAUAAGAGAUCACAUAGAAAGGCCACCUUCAACAUUCAGCAAUGACUCCGGCAUCUUAACACUGGGCAAUGGCAACUCGUCUCCACCAAAUGCUGAUCAAAUCGAAUUUGAACUGAAUCCAAAUUUCAAAGUUUUCCAACCAAAAGAUGAACUUUACAAAAUGAACAGAUUGUCCCAAAUCAAGAAACAGCAGUAUGUAGAACAACAGAGAAAACUACAUCCAAUUGACUUCUCAUACAAUCCUAACAAGUCUAGAAAUUUAAAGACAUAUUCAGAUGCAUCUCAAGCAGAAGAAAGAGCAAAGAACAACUUUGCCAGUAGACGUAGCAGAUAUAAGAAAAAAUUGGAAGCCCAAACAAAGAACUUCAGUCUCGAUUUCAGCAUGAUGGAAUGCCAACAAUUAUGGGAAGAAGAGAAACGAUUGUCUGCUCUUAUAAGAUAUUUAGAAAAUGUAUGCACCAAAGUUGGUGUCGACAAACAGACCAUGAUUAAAAUGCGUAAAAGUUAUAGUCUAUAGAAUUUUAUGUUUGAUGAUCCAAGUUGUAAAAUUUACAAUUGGAGCUAUACAGAGAAUCCCACCUUUUGGGAAAGAUUAUAGUACAAAUGGCAGAUUAUAUAAUGAAUUAUAAGGUUAUUUAUUAGUGGUUUGCAAAUCAGGCGUAAAAAUCAGGGUAUGAUGAUAUUGAUGAGUGUAUGUAAGUUGUUGCACAAGCUAUAUUUUAUUUAACUUCGUUUCUUUUAUAUUUUUUGAAACGUUUUAUGCUUGAUAUAAAUUUCAAGCAACGCCAAGUGGCAAUUUCAGAAUCGAAUGUCUUCCAAGUUUGUCUUUUUAAAAUGAAAUUAUUUCAUUAA